AUGUCAAGGUAUUCUAAUCUACAUAAAGUUUUAACUGUUCCUGGAUGUGUCUUAAGAUUUGUUAAGAACUGUCAGGAAAAACGUCCAUAUCGACGAAGGAGUUCACAAGGCGACAGGAAGCUCAAGACAAUUCUAACAAAAGAGGAAAUGUCAUUAGCUAUGAAUUUAUGGAUCAAAGAUACACAGCAAGACAGAACAUACCAGGAAAAAAUGGCAAGUUCUGUAGGUACUACAACGCAAACACCAGAUACUAUAAAUGUCGUCGUAACAUAUAUACGAGUUUCUGAUAAAUAUGGAAAUCGUCUUGAUCGAAAAGAACUUAAUUUGGGAAAACACUGGUCUGAGAUAGAAUUCAGAGAAGCGCUAGCCGACAAUUUUAAAGGAAUUAGGCGAGCAUUUAGGCAAAAGGAUGCAGAUCCGAUAGGAGAUGACAUUGGUCUGUAUUAUAAAGAUGUUACUAAGAGAAAGAAAUGUAAACUUUUACCUUUUCCAAAUUAUGUAAAGACAACGCAAGACUUGAUUGGUCUGUUUAAUGGUUCAACAUCCAACAUUGAAUUUUUCAUACAGAGGAAUCAUGAUGGGCAAGCGGACAGUAAACAUGGUAGACGAAAACUCAUAGCCGAAGGUCUGUUUGAUGCAACCCUACUUGCAGCCAAUAUAAACCAAUUGAGAAACGUGAUAGAUGCUGGAAUCAACCAGAACAUGAUGGCUAGUUCAGUAGGUACUACCACGCAAACAUCAGAUACUAUACAGGCUACGGUAACAUAUAUAAGAAUUUCUGAUAAAUACGGAAAUCAUCUUGAUCGGAAAGAACUUCGUUUGGGUAUAACAUGGCCAGAGAGAGAAUUCAGAGCAGAACUAGCUGAUAAGUUCAAGGACAUCAAGCGAGAAUCUAGGCAAAAAGAUGCUGAUCCGAUAGGAGAUGAUGUUGGUCUAUACUAUAAAGAUGUUAAAAGGAGAAAGAAGCUUCAACUUUUCCCUUUUCCAAAUUAUGUUAAAACAACGCAAAACUUGAUUGAUCUGUUUGAUGGUUCCACAUCCAACAUUGAAUUUUACAUACAGAGGAAUCAUGAUGGGCAAGCGGACAGUAAACACGGUAGACGAAAGCUCAUAGCUGAGGGCCUGUUUGAUAUGACCCUAUUUGCGGUCAAUAUAAACCAAUUGAUAAAAGUGAUGGAUGCUGGGUCAACUUUAAAAUAUUACAAAGCGCGUCUAGGAUUACUUGGAACUUCUCUCCUCAUUCAAUUCCUCAUUGCACUGCUUGUAUGUGUGGUAUUUGCUAGUAAGAAUUCUUCGGGCAAACUUCAUCAUUUCAUUAAUGUCGGAAUAAUGUUCCUCACAUCUGUUACAUUGGUGUUAAAUAUUUCUAUAGUAGCUUUUGACGCAAAACAAAAAUGA